GUUUAUAUGCCCCAAUAAAUUUUACCAUCGCCACGGACGGCCGUGCUCUGGAACGGAAUGCCAUGAAAAAGACGAAGGUCCCGUCGAUAUGCUAUCAAGGUUGGACGCCGCGGCCGGAAAGUCGAUGCAAUCGCACCCCGCCGAAGUACAUAACCUCUGAGCACCCUUCAUCGUAUCCCAUCUUCGCCACUUGUAUCUUUGCCCCAUCACCUCCUCAUCUCUACCUGCUUAUCCACAAAAUGCCCGGUCGUCUCCAAUACAAGAGUGCUGUCAUUACUGGUGCUGGAUCUGGAAUCGGUCUCGAAACCUCCAUUCUCUUCGCUUCAGAAGGCGCCAAUGUCAUCCUCGCCGAUAUCAACUUUGAGGCCGCAGAGAAAGCAGCGGCGCUGAUCUCGAAAAAGUCGCCAAACGUGAAGGCCAUCGCUGUGAAGGCCGAUGUCGGGAAGGAAGAGGAUAUCAAGGCCGCUGUGGAUAAGGCCGUGCAGGAGUUUGGUCGUCUGGAUGUCAUAUUCAACAACGCUGGUAUUAUGCAUCCAGCAGACGACAACGCCCUGAACACGGAAGAACGCAUCUGGGACCUCACCAUGCAAAUCAACGUCAAGGGUGUCUGGUGGGGCUGCAAGUACGCCAUCCUCGCCAUGCGCCAGAACCCCACCGAUGAGGCCAAGGGCCUGCAUGUGGGAGGCAGCAUCAUCAACACCGCGAGUUUCGUUGGUUCAAUGGGUGCCGCAACGCCACAACUCGCAUAUACAUCGUCUAAGGGUGCCGUCCUUGCGAUGACCCGUGAAUUGGCCAUGAUCCAUGCUCGUGAAGGCAUCCGCGUCAACUCCGUCAGCCCUGGUCCUCUGAAGACCCCCCUCCUGAUGGACUUCCUUAACACACCCGAGAAGAAGGAGCGCCGCGUAGUCCAUCUCCCCAUGGGCAGAUUUGGUGAGGCCGUCGAGAUCGCCAAGGCUGCACUUUUCUUGGGCACCGACGAGAGCAGCUACAUGACGGGUACCGACUUGAAGGUCGACGGUGGAUUGACGUCAGCCUACGUUACCCCUCUGGGUGAACCCGUCCUGCCACCUCCUUCCAGCCUUGUUUAGAAUUUGUUUGCUGGGAUGAGUGGACGGAGAGAAGAUAAUGAGAACGACAGCCAAAAUGUAGACGUGAUCUUGUUCAAUAUAUAGCUCGCCGGAGCACUUGUACGACUG